AUGGCGAGCAGUAGCAAGAUCAACAAGUUCGAGGUAGAGUCCGCGAGCGAGACGACCUGGCAGUACGCGGAUGCUUGCCUAAUCGUCGUGGGAUGCGGUGAAGAAGCCGACGAGGUUUUAGCGCGUCGUCGGCUUGAGGCAGGCGGACGGCUUUGUCACAUCACGACUGCAGGUCCUGAAGAUGCACGGGUAAGGGUCUCCGACACUGAUGGGGGUGAAGGCUUCUUUUUUUGGCUAACUCCGCCUGCAUCUGUUGGGAUUUCUUCUCUUGGGCGCAAGCUUUGCGCAAAAGUGCGGAGAUACUGGACGAAGGAUGGCCCUGAUGCCUUCGAGCUUCCAGCUGACCACAGUCUGCUUGUGAUGCGUUGCAAUCACGGCGACCACGUGUACGUAACGGAUGGGCAGGGCUUCGCCGUUUGUGCCAUGUCAGGCCAGGUGGUGGUAGAUCCCGACAUUGCCACGGCCAAGACGUUGGAUGUUGGCGUCCGUGACCAGGACAGCAGGUCCUUCGGCACUUUCUCCUGGAGGUUUGUCAUCCCUGCCCAGCUCCUGCUUCUUGUGUGGCAGGUCGGCAAGAUGCUGCUGUCGAUUCAUCACGAAAUGCUCGCUUCCGAGGGUGCAAUGCCUUGGUGGCGGAACUUGCUGAUGGCCUUGACGUGGGCUCUCGUUUGUCAGGCAAUCUGCACCGAAAUGCUAACAUACGCAAUAGCCGGGGAGAAGCCAAGUGGAACCAUUCUGCAAGUUUCGAGCAUGGCUGCCGCCAUGGCCAUCUUGGCUGCCACCCCUCUGGAGUUCUCCGACUUCAUUCUCUGUGUGGUUGGUUUGGGUGGAGCCUUAGUCGGGCCUAUCAUAUCUUAUGUCACAAGCCGCCACAAGUUUCCUCAGCGACGCUUUCUAUCUUCCUUGCUGUGGACAAUCGGCCAGUUGGCAGGAACAGCAGGGUGCUACGUGCUUAUGGGAGCUGUUGGCUUGGUGUAUGCGCUCCUUAUUGAGGGCGGGUUUGCAGCGGUGGCUUCCAUCUACCUCCCCUUCGCAACUGCCUUCGCCGAGCUUGGCAUGAUCAUUUACACCAGGAAGGCCUAUGACAAGCUGGUGUUCUCCGCCCGGCAGUCGCAUGGGCAUGUGGUGGCAGGGGACCAGCUCGGGAUAGCCGCCGCAGCCCUGGUCUUCUCUGCACAUGGCUUUGCCGAAGCCACCAGGUUGGUGGCCACCUUUGCAGGCGCCGUGUCCAGCGGUGGCUACUCGUGGAUUCCAACUUCUUGCUUGAGCUUGGCACUCAACCUCAGUGCGAGGCUGGGCUGGAGUCGCUUCCUGAUCAUCCAGACCAUCAAGAAGCUGUUUGGCGGCCCAGCCGCCAUGGCGAUAGCUGCACCAAGCGGCUGGAGCAAGCUCCACGAUGAGAUGAAGAUUUAUGCGGGCUACUUCCGGUUCCUGACAGUGCUUGCUCUAGUCAUUGCGCGCGGUAUAGCCCAUGGGAUGCAGGCCUCGACCUUCAAUCUCUCCGCGGCGUGUGUGCUGGUGACUGCAAUGGUUUUGGAAGUCGUCGAGGAUCAGAUCGUCGUCAAUGAGCUGCUCCCUGUAAAUCCGGUUGGCCCAGGUCUCCUCAAAGCCGAAGCCAAAGGGAGCAAUGCCAACCCGGCCCAGCUGUUGGCAUUGGAGCAUCGGAUCCACUUUCCGAGCACGGAUCCUUGGCGUGUGCAGGAGGUACAGCCGCCUGCUACAGGCAGCCACGGUCCUCGCAAGAGCAUGACGAAGGACCUCACAGCCGACUUCGCGGAGCUGGAGCCUGAAGACCAAGAGUGGCGGGUCUGCUUGGGUCCGCUGGAGGACUCGCGCUGGGCCCGCCUGCGGCGGAAGAUGGGCCAGCCGCGGUCCCUCAUCACGUCCUUCGCGCUCCAUGGCCUGAGGGAGAUGCCCUUCCACUGCCAACUGGCUUUCAUCGGCGUGGUGUGCGAGUACACAGCGGCGCUGCUCGCCAUGCUCUUGGGCCCAGGGUACAUGCGCGGCCUGAGCGCUGCACCAAUGACUGAAGGGCGGAUCGUUGCCCUCUUCUUUUGGCCGGUCCCCUUAAAGGGAUGA